GAAAACGUUUAAAUUAGUUAAGUUAAUUUCUAGGUUAAAAUGCAAGAGGCGACUGGCUUUCGAAGCGAUGUUGAAACACUACUAUCCAAUUUUAUUGAUACUGAUUCAGUCCGUUUCGAAGAUUUUUCUAGAAUUUACAAAGAAAUGAGUUUUUCUCUUAUCUUUUAUCUUCUGGAAGACGAAGAGUUGAUUAUUUUCACGGAAACUGCUUAUUCUAUAACGAGAAGCUUUCUUCAACCCAAAUUUCAGUUUCAAGUCAGAGUUGGUGCGCUCUACUUACUCUAUGCGCUGUAUUCUCAACAACCAUUGACUGAUGCUAAUCGCGUGAAAAUAAAAUUUACUGCCGAGCAGUGGACAGAGUUUGUGGAUUUGAUUGUGGAAGUGAAGCAACAGGAGCACCAUGACACUAACUUCAUUUUCUAUCAACUCUACGCUUGCAAGGCCUUCUUCAUAGUCGCGCAUCCGGAGGCAGUAGUCAUGAACAAGGAGCAGAGUAAAGCAAACGCGUCAGCUAGUAGCCAGUUGAGAGAGUCGAUCUCGUUGGACAACUACCUGGAUCCGAAUCUACUUCGCAGUUUGGAAGAGGUGCACCGGAAAUAUGAGAGCACAAAAGCAGAUUUGAGUGCCGUGCUGAGCGGGAAUGAGAGUUCACUCCUGACUAACCAGCUGCACAUGUGCAAUAACAACCUGCUGUCUGAUGUAGCUUCUCAAUUCACCCAGUUCAGUGAACUGAUUGGUAAGAUGCAGAAUGAUGGCACAACCGACAAUUCAGGGGCACCAGAACAGAAGAGCCAGUCGGGCGGCCAGCAGUCAGAGCCAGAAGUGAGUGUGGAGAAGGCGGUGAAGUUGAGGGCCAUGUCCUCGCAAGUCUCACUUCCCAGACACUUCACCAGCAUCAUCAAAGAUGAGCCCAGUUCACAGUCCACAACUGAGAGUAAUCCUGAACCCAUACCCCGCGAAGAAGCAGAAGCAGAAACCAGCUCCUCAUCAACACAAAUAGACGACAGCUAUGCUGCAAAUGAACUGUUUGCUGCUAUCGGGUGCAAGGAGAAAAAGUUGCAUUUUUCAACAAGUUACAAGAAAAGAACACGAUCAAUUAUGUCAAAUCCGAUUUCAACCGAAAAUUUUAUAGAAGGCGCCAUUUCACUUCAGAAUUCAGGAGAGCUACCAUAUAUAAAAAACAGUGUCAAGGCCCACGAAAAAACGGAUGCCAAAUUCAAAUGAAUCAGUUUUUAGUUAUUGUCACUAGCAAUCAGAAAACUGAAAUAAAUUGAUUGUUAAAUAAAUUGAAGUGAGGUUUGCUUAGUAAAUUCGUAAUUUUGCCCAUGAACUUUGUUUACAGUUUAAAUUUGUUGUUGAAACUUGAAAAAGUACAGAUGGUUUCUUUUUCACUCGAUUGACGAGUUCGCCCGUCUAUAGAUAUUUUUGGUGCAUUUCAAUUAGUUAAGGUUUUAAAAACCUAUUUUAAGUUUUUGUGGUCUAAUGUUUUCAGUUUAAU